AUGCAUCUCGGUCAACUCUGGCAUCUUGUGGCUGCCGCGGCGUUUGCCGUGGCUGCACCUGCUCGUCCGAUGCCUCGUGGUGAGUCGAGCCCUGCCUUGUUGACGGGCCACGCUCAUUGGGCGGCCGCAUCGUACUGCACCAACAAUAUCAAUUCCACAGGAAACGCCGUAACUUGCGCUGGAGAUUAUUGUCCGGAAGUGCAGUCGGCUAAGACCGCCACGCUAUCCGAGUUCGACGACUCCACGCAAUUUGGCGACGUUGCCGGCUUCGUGGCCGUCGACGAGACGAACGAACUGAUCGUGAUCUCCUUCCGGGGCAGUCGCACCGUCAGCAACUGGAUCGCCAACCUGGACUUUGACUUGACCGAUGCCAGUGAUCUGUGUGAUGGUUGUGAAGCGCAUUCUGGCUUUCUGGCGGCGUGGGAGACCGUGUCUGCCGCUAUCACAUCCCAGGUCCACUCGGCCAUGCAGACCUACUCGGGCUACAAGCUUGUCGUGACGGGCCAUAGCUUGGGAGCUGCCCUCGCAGCUCUGGGCGGGACUGCGCUGCGCAAUGCCGGAUACGAACUGGACUUGUACACCUAUGGCCAACCGCGCGUUGGCAAUUUGGCCCUGGCAACGUACAUGACUGGCCAGGGAGUCAACCGAGUCACUCAUACCAACGAUAUCGUACCUAGGCUUCCGCCUAUGUCAUUUGGCUUUUCACAUUCUAGUCCUGAACUUUGGAUAACCAGUGGGAACGACGUGACGGUAACCACGUCGGAUAUCGAUGUGAUUGAAGGCAUUGACUCGACGGCCGGCAAUGCAGGAGAGCCCUUCCCUGAUGUCGCGGCACAUGCCUGGUAUAUUGAAGAUAUCGAUGGGUGCCAGUAG